CUUUCGACCUUGAAACUCAAGGACGCUGUUGCCCAUCUGCACGGUUAUAUUUGUCACAAAUUACCGGUGAUAUCUCCAGAAAAUGAUAGCUUUAUCCACCAGACUUGCCAAAGCGGCAGGUGGUUCAAGAAAUUGGCUGUUUGGUGUACUUCGAGGCUCCAGUUAUGGCACCGCAUCCGAGGCUAACUUCCAGGUGGAGUCAUACAAGCUGCACAAACUGGAGCAAGGGCCAGCUACAUCUGUUACACUUUCCCGGGAGGACGGUCUCAAGAUGUACCGACAGAUGCAGACAGUUCGCAGAAUGGAGACAGUGGCUGGCAACCUGUACAAAUCUAAAAUCAUUCGAGGGUUUUGUCACCUCUACUCAGGCCAGGAAGCUGUUUGUGUGGGUAUGGAGAGUGCCAUUACCCGUGAUGACUCGGUGAUCACAGCCUACAGGGCUCAUGGCUGGACCUUCGUCAGGGGAGUCCCAGUGCAGGGUGUGCUGUCAGAGCUCACAGGUCGGGUCUCAGGCUGUGCCAAGGGCAAGGGUGGUUCUAUGCACAUGUCGGACAACUUCUAUGGUGGGAACGGCAUUGUAGGAGCUCAGGUACCCCUUGGGGCUGGUAUAGCGUUUGCUUCCAAGUACCGUGGUGACAACACUGUCUGUGUGGCUCUGUAUGGAGACGGUGCUGCCAAUCAAGGCCAGCUGUUCGAGACCUUCAAUAUAGCCAAGUUGUGGAAUCUGCCCUGCAUCUUUGUGUGUGAGAACAAUGGCUAUGGUAUGGGCACCAGUGUGGACAGGGCUUCGGCCAGCACUGCAUACUACACACGCGGAGACUAUGUGCCAGGAUUAUGGAUUGAUGGUAUGGAUGUCCUGGCUAUGAGGGAAGGAACAAGGUUUGCCAAGGAUUAUGCUUUGAAGAAUGGCCCCAUCCUGAUUGAAGCCGUCACCUAUAGAUACAGCGGCCAUAGUAUGAGUGACCCUGGUACCAGCUACCGUGACCGAUCAGAGAUCCAGGAGGUGAGAGAGAAGAGAGAUCCCAUUACAAACUUCAGGGAGAGACUGUUGUCUUCAGGUCUUGCUACAGAGGAAGAACUCAAGAAAAUGGACACUGAGGUGAGGAAGGAAGUAGAGUGCUUCACUUUUCUGCAGAGAAGGCCAAAAACAUUGUUGGAUCAGGAACUUCCCUUUGAGGAGCUGUACAAUAACAUCUACGUGAGCCCCAUCGAGGGCGUGAAGGUCCGUGGCUGUGACCCCACAAUCAUGGCCAACACCCGGUAGUAGGAAUGUGGCCCUCAUAUGUCUAUAGUGCUCACAUGGUGCAGUGAGUCUCUCUCUGUUUGAUAUGCUGGAAUUGUACAUUGGGUGGAUACUUGGCCCAACUACCCUGACAUCUGACUCAGAGAGUCUCACUCCUAACAAGUUGCCUCACACCGGGGGAUAUAGGAUUGAUAGUGUGAUCCAGGUAGUGACCUCGUAGUACUUGUUGGAGGUCUUACACCUGGGGAUAUAGGAUCUGUGCUUCAUUUUGUGACCUAUUCAAAGUCUACAAAAGUGAUGCCAUGUGAAAUAAAUACUCACUGGAACAACAAACUGGAUAUAUGUUUGGACUGUUGCCAUGGUUAUUGUAGUAGAUGUGUUUCUGUUGGAGAAUCUGAAGAUGUAGCUGGUAGUGUUCGGGGAUGGAAGUGUGACUUAGAAGGAGGCAAGGAUCAGAUUGUCCUGUGUGAAGGCCUUGAUGAGAGGAUAGAUUAAUUAUAUCUACUGGCAUGGGUGGGUGGAUGAGUUGGUCAUAUGGGGUUAUGGAUGGGGAUAUUUGGGGUUAAAGGUGGUUAAGGAUGUAUCAUUGGGAUGGUACAUGGGUGUAAUUCAAAGCAAUGACAAUGUGACUGGGAUAGACUGGAAUUUAUAUCAGGAAUAUUUUAGGGGAUACUAAUUGGCACCAUAUGAUGUAAUUUACUUUGUAAACAAUAUGAAUUGUUGUGUCAUUGUUUUGAAAUCUGAUGCAUUAGUAGUGCUAUUUCUGACGUACACAAGAGAACCUAAUUCUGUAUUACAGGACUAACACCUGCUACCCUUUACUAACACUUGUACCAUGGCACAAGUAAUAUGACCAGUGAAGACAGAUCUGCUGUGUAUGUCUAUAUCUGCGGAUGGUGACUAACAUCGCAAGAAGCCAUGUGCUCACCUGUCACUGUGUUGAUAGGAGUGGUCUGUUUCUGUCUGGAGACUCAUCAGACAACUACUAGCAACACUAAGUAUUAGGAUUCUGUAUAAGAUAACUACCACUGUGUAUGUGUUGCAGAAGUUUCAAAUAAAAUAUUUAUUAUGUGUU